AUGAUGGUUGCUAGUUGGAUUCGAAUUUUAGGGCAAAGAAUUCACCUUUGUCUUGUUACCGCCUGCCCCUUCAGAUCUCGUCGGGCUACAACGGCUGGUGACGAUCGGCACCGGCUUGUACCCUACUCCCAACAAAUUCGUCAAUCCAUCAUCGAGCUGGCCUGUUUGAGCAGAAAAGUUUCUAUGUUGCCUCCAAUUGCCUUUUUUUCGUGUUGGAAUAUCUCCUGUCGCGAAUCAAGGGGUGAGAUUUUGUCUCGUCCCAUUUGUUCCGGCGAUGGACACGUAAAGGUUUUUUGGGGCCAAUCAGAUCAACGAAUCACCUGCUCAAUCAAUUUAAACAGUACAAAAAACUAA